UUAAAUUUUGCUCGUACCACAAGUUAAUCCAGUUUUUAAGUGAAAAUCAGAGGAAAAUGUUGGUUUUUUCGUUAAGUUUAGUGUUAUUUGCUGUAACGGCAGUGAAUUCAUAUCCCACAAAAGAUAAUAGAUUACUAGCAGUGCGGAAAAUUCCAACGGAAAAAGAAAUGAUACUAGAAGAAAACGAUAUACUUCCUGUUCCGGUUCAGCCACGAAACGGAUUAAAAUCGGAUCGUUAUCGAUGGCCAGAUGCUGUUGUUUAUUACGAGUUUGAUAGUGUCUUCGAUGAUAAACAGCGUACACUUAUUAGAGAAGCGUUUAAUGAGGUGGAACACGUUACUUGUGUGAAGUUUCAACCAAGAUUGGAUGUGAAUAAGGACUAUGUGUAUAUUUCGGGUGAAGAUUCAGGAUGCAAUUCGCACGUCGGUCGAAUUGGAGGAAAACAAACGAUGAACUUAAAAUUGGAUGGCUGCUUGUACAUUGGAACGAUAAUUCAUGAAUCUCUCCAUUCGCUAGGAUUCAAACAUGAGCACAUGGCUUCAAACCGUGAUGAUUACAUCCUCGUUGAAACUGAAAACAUAUCAACCCAGUACUUGUACGCAUUUGAGAAAUUGAGCCCACUUUAUAUCACCGAUUUUGGCGUCCCUUACGAUUACAACAGUAUCAUGCAUUACGCAGAGAAAGCAUUCACGAAAAACGGCAAAAGUACUAUUGUGCCUUUGACGAGUGGUGCAAAAAUAGGACAACGUCUAGGUCUAAGCAUAAAUGAUAUAAGAAAAAUUAAUUUGAUGUACAAAUGUCCCGCAAGCCAGUAUUUAAAUUGAAUAUAAUUUAAUAAUUGUUUAA